AUGGCUUUUCCGUUGCCAUGUUCUUGCUGUCAACAUGGAUUUUCCGUUGCCAUGUUCUUGCCGUCGACAUGGCUUUUCUGGAGUCUUAAGAUUUGGUUAAAAGCUCGUUUCCUUUGCGAAUUUCGAUUGCCUUUUGCUGCUUUUAGAAAAUUUCAGAGAUUCACGUAGAUCAUCAAGGGUGGAUUAAUUCGAUCUAUUUCUUUUCCUAUCUUUUGGAUGAGAUGAGUAGAUUGGUUUGUCUUGUAACCCGUUAUUGUCAUCAUCGGUGAGGAAAAAAGAAGAUUCAUUGCUGGUUUUUGCUCCGGCGACGUUUCUGAUUCACCGGAUUUGGAAUCUCUUGCAUGCGGUGAAGGUUGUGGAAGCAACACGUGUCCUCAGCUUAUCCCAGUCGGUCUGACACGUUCUUGAGCUUAUUCUCUUCUUGGGCCUGGGCUUUUUUGAAAGUCAUCUGGACUGUCGUUUAUGUUUAUGUUUAUGUUUAUGUAAAAGUUAAAUGCUGUUAAUGACUAUCCAAAAUGGUUCAUCCAUUAUUGGAAGCUGCUGUACGAUGUCUUUGUCAAUAUAAAUAAAUACCAUCUUUGAGAAAAAAAAAAAA